AAAGAAGGCUGGGAGGAGGCAAAGUUUGUCCCGGCACUCAUCUGUUGAGUCGAACCGUGGUAAUGAACAACUCCAACGGAUUCCGGGAAGGAUGUUUCGUAAUGGGGAGAGCGGAAUAGCCUCCCUCUUCAGUCAGCAGGGAAAGAAAGGGGUCAACCAGGAUGCCAUGAUUGUGUGGGAGAGUUUUGGUUCAAGGACGGACACAGUUUUCUGUGGUGUCUUUGAUGGCCAUGGUCCAUUUGGACAUAUGGUUGCGAGGAGAGUAAGAGAUUCUCUUCCUUUGAAGCUGAGUGCUCAAUGGAAAGUGAAUCUGGGAAAUGAGGAGUCAAGACAGAACAGCAUAAAGGAAUCCUCACCUCAGAUGGGACGGCGUCUAUAUGUGGAAGACGAGUUAAGGGCUUCCAAUUAUUUGGAGGAGGACAAGCUUCCACAAGUGUACACUACAUUGAAGGAGUCAUUCUUGAAGGCAUUCAAGGUCAUGGAUAAAGAACUUAAAUCAAGUCGAAAAAUUGACUGCUUUUGCAGCGGCACAACUGCAGUCACCCUGGUGAAGCAAGGUCAAGACAUUGUGAUUGGAAAUGUCGGAGAUUCCAGAGCCAUCUUGGGUACAAGAGACCAAAAUGACUGUUUGGUUGCAGUUCAGUUGACUGUGGACCUGAAGCCAAAUCUUCCUAAGGAAGCAGAGAGAAUUCGACGACAGAAAGGCAGGGUUUUUGCCCUUAAGGAUGAGCCAAAGGUAGCACGGAUUUGGUUGCCAAACUAUGACUCUCCUGGCUUAGCCAUGGCUCGUGCUUUUGGCGAUUUUUGUCUCAAGGAUUUUGGCCUUAUCUCAGUGCCCGAGUUCACUUACCAUCGCAUCACCGAGAAGGAUGAGUUCAUUGUUUUGGCUACUGAUGGGAUCUGGGAUGUGCUUUCCAACAGUGAAGUCAUCAACAUCGUUGCAUCUGCAUCUGAUAGAUCUUCUGCUGCCCGUUCCUUAGUCAACCAUGCGGUUAGAGCAUGGAGAUUUAAGCAUCCAACCUCCAAAGUUGAUGACUGUGCUGUAGUCUGUCUAUUUCUGAACAAUGAUGAUCCCGAGAUCAAAGAACCGACCAUGGAUGCAUCGGACGCAAAUGGAGAUAAGCUGGAGCCAUCCAAUCUAGACAACCAUGGAACCGCCGGGUCCUCAGUGGAGGAGAGCAGUAGUGUUAUAGAUGAUGGAUCUCCCUCUCUUCUGAGUCCUCCUUCAACGACUGAGAAUGAGGAUUGGUCUGCGUUGGAGGGCGUGACACGAGCGAACACCUUGUUGACCCUGCCCAGGUUUUGAGAUUGUGAGGCAGAAAUCUCCUGGCAACAAAGCUUAGAAAACAGAUGCUGCUGCGGGGUAAACAACCUUCCACAUUUGAUGUAUUUUGUUUCUCUAUUGAUUUUGAACAUGCAUCAUGAGAGCUGCAUCAGCUUUAUAGGCGCCCAUCCUGAUGUUCUCUUUACUUUCUCCCUUGUGGAUGUACUACUUGUUCCAGUUGUGAGUAGGAUUGUAGUUUUUGUUAGAUCCCAACUCAAAAACAUCACUGUCAUGCUUCUUGUUCUUCCUAUUAUGAGCUAUUUGAGUAUGAUUUCAUGUA